AUGGCCUAUCGCGCAAACAUGCCCAUCCGCACAGAGACUCGCAAUGCCUUUGAUGAUGGGCGUCACGACUUCGUCGGCGCUUGGGAACAGCUGGUCUACAUGCAUGAGGGGAGACUGGCCCUCUUUGCACAUCCUGCCCGAGAUGACCACUCUACGCCUACUGCAGAGGCCUCUGCUUCGGGAGCUGCGAGACACACUCCUCUUGGAGCUUUUGAUUUGCCUACUACAAUGGCUGCGCACACGGGCCCAUCCGAGCCCCAUCUUGGAGUUACGGGAUCCACUCCUCUUGGAGCCUCCAGCUCGACUACUACAUUGGACGAGCCUAUGGGCCCCGCCGAACACUUUGUUGAAGCUAAGCGUCCUACUCCUCUUGGAGCCUCAGACUCGCCUUCUGCGCCUGAUGACUUCAUGCCUUCAACAGAGACGUUGCCACCUUCGCCCCAGCCGGGUGCAGCCAGGUCGGCCGACAUGCCCAACGAGCCUCGUGACCUGCGUCACAUAAGGUCCUUGCUGGUAGACAUGCACAACCACCUGGCCUGCCAAGAUGCCUUGAGCCGCACCCUUAUGCAAGCAGCAGAAUCCAGGCGCUUAGAGUUGCAUGCAGUUUCCGCCCAAUUGCAGGAAACACGUGCCAGCCUGGCCCUUGCUCAACAGGCCUACACCGAUCUCAGGCACGAACUCGAUAGCACCUCUGCCGAUUUUUUGGCUUAUCGCAUUCGCACAGAAGCAGAACUCUACUAUCAUUGCCUGGUGGUCCCCCUCGGACCCCGCGGGUAUAUUGCCCCGCUGCCAAGGCCUAUUUUCAGAUCCAGGCCAGCCUCCCGCAUCCUGCCCUGCCUCGGCCACUGA